CAGCACCAGGUGCCGCCGGCGCGUCUGCCCCGCACUCGACUGCGCCGCCGCUCUGCUUCCGUCUGCCCACCAUCCUCGCGCAUUCAACAGUGACCUCAGCGCUGCCGCUGCGAGACUCAGUACAGGUGCUCGGCACGUCUGAGCUGCCAGCUGCACGCCCACCCGAUGCCUCAUCAGCAGACGUGCGCGUGGCGGCGUCCCGCCGACUCUUGCGUCCCACCGCCAUCCCCUGCGCCGCUCUGCGCACCUUCGGCAACGUAGCCGCCCGUGCCAUCGCGCCUCGGCGCUCCGUCGGCAUGGCCGAUCCAGCAUCAGUGCGCCGCCCUCGUCUGCGCCGCUACCUCUGCCCGGCGCCCGGCUGCUCGGCGCGCUUCGAGAAGCCCGUGCACCUGCGCCGCCACCAGAUCAGCCACGCGGCCACGCCGACGCUGCGCUGCAGCGUCUGCGGCGCCUGCUUUGGGCGCCUGGACAGCUUCCAGCGCCAUGCGCGCCGCAAGCACGCCGACGCGGCGGCGCAGCCCGUGCCGAUCGCGCGCGAGCUCGCCGCGCCGGCAGCAGGCAGCUCCUCGAGCCCUGCUAUGCCUCCAGCCCAGCCGCAGGCAGAUCUCUCGGGCGCAGGACGGGCCGCAGCAUCGGCUGCGCCCACGUCCCUGCCAGUGCCGCCUGCUCAAGGCAACGACGCUGCAUUGGCACAAAGGCUGCCCACGCUGCAGCCUCAGGCAGAUGGUCUGGCUCCAUUCGCAAUGCAGAGCUUCGAGGCAAUGGUGGAGCAGCUCUUUGCCGACUCGCUCUUCAGCUUCGACGCCUCGUCUCUCGGCGCAGAUCCAGGCGGAUGUGUGUGGCACGAGGCACCUCUCGACCCAGCGGGACAGCUCGCUGGCGGCAGCCGCGGUGGCCAGCCGCAGGCGCAGUCGGCCGCCUCAGCGAUGCCCACUGGGGAGCCGCACGACUCCGCAAGCGCACCCGAGCAUCUCGGCAAGCAGGCGCGCGACCUCGUCGCUCGCGGCCUCAUCUGUCCGCCUGCGCCUGCCAGCUUCGACUCGUCGCGUCUCGUCGUGACGGCGAUGCGGCGCAUUGCCAACUACUAUCCCGUCGUGCCGUGGCGCUGGAUGUCGCACCCAGGCGAGCUGGCCGCACGGCGUCCGAUGCUCUACGUCGCCCUCGCCACGCUGGCCACGCUCGGCUCGCACGUGCCCGAGGUCAAAGCCUACGGCGCACAGCUGUGGCAGCUCGUCUUCCGCGUCGUGUGGUCGAGCUGCGUCUUUCUGACCGAGCAGCCGGCACGCCUCAAGGACAUUGUCGCGACCAUGUCCCUCGCCAAUGGCUACGCGCUCACGUGCGGCGACCCGCGCAUCUACCUCCAAGCCGUCUGCGCUGCGCCGACUGGCGCCGUCAUGACUCGCGAGUACGUCAAUCUCAUGCGAAGCGGAGAAGCUGCCUCGACACUGCGUCACAUCAUGGCGGCGCACGGCAUGCUCGACGUCGCGCAGCUGCGAAGCUUCUUGCUCCAGCGCGCUGCCAAGCCUGCCGCAGACUCGACGUGCGGCGCCAACGUGUGGCAAGCAGGCGCGCCCGUCGACAGUCUCCUGUCCGACAUGUGGCAGAGCUGGCUCGAUGCAGAAGAGUACCAUCGCUCGCUCGUCAUUGCCGCCUCGACAGAGCGCCGCAUCACGGUGUACAUCGAAGAUGCCGAGCGCCCGCGACUGUGCUCCACGCUUCUGGACACGCCGCUGGCGCACGCAAGCGCCCUGUGGCAGUGCGACACGGUGCAAGAUUGGGCCGCCGCGCUUGCGGCACGCCUAGCCCGGCCCCAGUGGGCCGAGCAAAGCAGCACGACGCUGCGAGACGUCGCGCGGCUCUUCUUCAACGCCUCUCCCCCGGUCGAGAGCAUCCGCGCCUGCGGCGUCGAGCGCGGCGACUACUUUGUCCUGGGCAGCAUCCUCGAGGCACUGGCAAGCUUCGUGUGGACCGCCCGCGGAUGGGUCAACGACGGCGGCUUUGCGCCGUGGGACGCAGGCCGCAGGAGCGAGCAGAGCGCAGUCGACACGGCGCCACCGGCUGUGCGCGCGGCCCUCGACCACUUUGCAGCUGUGUAUCAGGCGCUGCGUGCCGACCAGGCCUCGUCGCCUGGCGCACUGCCCAGCGCGGUUGCGGCAGAGGAAGGCGCCGUGAAGGUCUACAUGCACUGGCAUGCCCUGCAGCUCUUCCUCGACUUUGACUUUGAGCACUGCCGCUCCGGCAUCGGCUUCCUCGCGAGGUCAGGCACAACCGCUGCGCCUCGCUCGUUCAAGCACGGCGAACUCUGCGGCCUGACCUGCCACGCCGGCUCCUGGCGCUGUCCAUUCUCCAGCGAGGCGCCGCGCCGGCGUGCAGCGCACCAUGCGGCGGCCAUCCUGGCGCUCUUCCUGCGCAUGGCGCGCAGCAACAUCGUCACGUAUGCGAUGGCCUGCGACGUGUGCCACGCGUACGCCGUGCUCGCCAUCCUCGCCGUGCUGCCCGAUGCUCUCACCGUGCCGCCGCGCCAAGACCCGCCGUCUGCUGUGCUGGAGCUCUGGGAGGCGCAUCCGAUGCAGCGCUGCGCCGACCUGCGUCCGGAGCUGCGCGCCUGGCUGGCCACGCAGCCCAAGGACGACGUGGCUGCUGUGCCCAUGCGCCUCUCCCUGGACGGCGACGACUGGCUCGCCACACUGCUGCAGUGUCACGCCGCGCUGCUUGCCAUAGAGCAAGGCUGGUCGGCGGGCAGCAAGGUGCUCUCGCGCUGCCGCGACGUGCUCGAGCUUGAGCUCGCCGCACGAGCAAGCCGUGCUGUGUGAAUAACGAUGCCAUUCGAACGGCCCUACCACGUGGGCUGCUUGUCCAUUUCUGCACGCAGCUCGGGCUUGAGGUCUGCAAUGACGCCGCGCGAGAGGGCGAGGCGCAGCGUGUCCUGCACGCCGUGCGGGAAGCUGCGCAGGAAGGGCAGGAUGCGCACGUAGCCGGGCAGAUACACCUCGCCCGACGUGCCCCGGUCGAUCUGCGCCACGACGCCCUCGGCCACCUGGCGCGGCGAGAGAAACUUCUUGGCCGUCUCGACGCCAAAGAGGUGGUCGGUCAUGGGUGUGCGCACCCAGCUUGGGUGC